AUGCGAUCUGAUGUGGGAGCUACAUCUGUCUCCACCCCUAUUCGAUCUCUCUCUGCGAGGACCCGCUCCAGUGUUGCCUUUGCGAAAUCCGCCUUCUCCCCCCACAAUAACGGUCAAUAUGUCGAACUCGAUGACUUUGGCGUCGCUACAAGUCCCAUCCCAUCUGUGAAUGAUGAGGCCCUUUACGAUCGCUAUGCCACUCCUCCCAAGCCUCGCAGCAAAUUCUACUUUCCUCAAACCUUGUGGACACGUCUUUUCGCCCUCACCGGUAUCUGUGAGACACUAGGCACAGUCGGAGUUGAGAGCUGGGUCUUCAUCAGUAUUUCCAAGCAUUUCGACAAGACGGGGGACGAGGAUGCAACGCUGCGCCUUCGGUCGUUCCUGGGUCUUUACAUCUUCGCCCUUCUAUAUGAACUCUUACUCAGUUACGAUGCGCUACGACGGAAGAAUACUUUUCAACUCGUGGGACUCUGCAUUUGUAACUUGGGCCUGUUGAUAUAUGGCGUGAUCCAGACCAAAGAAAUCAAGGAUACACUCACCAACCUAAGUGGGAGCACCGUCAAUGCGAACGCUCUUUGGAUCGAUUAUCGAAUUGCCUUGAUCCUCGUACCGGUGGUCUUGGCUGUCGGUACUGUGUGCAUGUCGGUCGUGACAUGGAAAUUGCGCGCCGAAUUCUCUUGGACUAUCUACAAGAGUAUCAGUGCUGAUCUACAAAUGAGUUGGCGAUAUACUACAUAUCAGGUAUACAUUGCGCUCCUGAAGUUCAAUUUUUUUUUCAUUUUCGGUACUCAACUCCAAAUGAUGCUUGCACUGAAAAGUUAUACCGACCACGAGUUCAUCAUACAAGCUGCCGCGAUCCCUGUCGCCGUCGUGAGCUUAAUUCUUGCUGCUCGCUUCUGUCGACUAGAAAAAACCAAAUCUCUGGUCUGCAUUAUGUUCCUUUUUGUUGUACUCAUCGCCAGUUUUGUUAGCACUGUGAUGCGGGUAUUCAGUAGUCAAAACAGUAGCCAGUUGACUAGCUACAGAGUCUCCUUGACCUUGUUUGCCUCGUUGGCCAUCCUGCUUCUCUGUGGCACGCUCGUCAAUUCCGUGAUGUGCAUUUGCAACUUCAAAAAGGGAUUGAAAGAGCAUAUCAGCAAUGCCAGAAAACAACAGCCGACAUCAGAUCCAGAGAACGCCUGGACGGAAGACACGAAAUCACGAUUUGUAUUAAAUUAA